AUUCCCACCUAACCGUCCUGUCCUAUCCCGAACUGUCUCGAGAGAUCAAUGGGACGCCCGCGACUGUCGACGUCGACCCUCUCUGCCGCCCUCGACACAGACGUCGCCCUAUCUGCAGUGCUGGUUUGACGUCCAACCCUCCCCCCCCCCCAUCCACCAUGGCGAUAGCCAUGGGCUGGCACAAACCCGACAAUGUCGCCGGCUCCUCCGCCCCGGCUAUCAUGGUCGGCCUCUUCGUGGCUACCGGCGGUCUCCUGUUCGGAUACGAUACUGGCACCAUCAACGGCAUCCUCGCCAUGCGCUCCUUCAAGAGCCAAUUCAGCACCGGGCACCGAGACGUCAACGGUUCCUUAAACCUCUCCCCCGCCGAGAUCUCCAUCAUCGUCGCCAUCUUGAGCGCCGGCACCGUCGCCGGCGCCAUACUGUCCGCCCCCGCCGGCGAUUGGAUCGGACGUCGCAUAUCCAUCAUCGCAUCCAUUGGCGUCUUCUCCUUCGGCGCGAUAUUCCAGGUGUGCGCAGAUGCUAUUCCGAUGCUGUUGGCGGGCAGGUUCUUUGCCGGUGUCGGCGUCGGCGCCGUGUCCGUCCUCGUUCCCUUGUACCAGUCGGAGAUGGCCCCGAAAUGGAUCCGUGGUACGUUGGUGUGCGCAUAUCAAUUGUCCAUAACCUGCGGUCUCUUGGGCGCCUCCAUCGUCAACCUGCUCACCGAGAGGAUGGAGGGCCCGGCCGCCUAUCGGAUUCCCAUGGGCCUUCAGCUCACCUGGGCCUGCGUCCUCUGCCUCGGUCUCCUCAUCCUGCCCGAAACCCCUCGCUUCCUCAUCAAGCGAGGCGACAAGCACGCCGCCGGUCUAGCCCUCAGCCGUCUUCGCCGUCUCGACAUCACCCACCCCGCUCUCGUCGAAGAACUCGCCGAAAUCGAAGCCAACCACGAUUACGAACUCGCCCUCGGCCCCGCCACCUACCGUGAUAUCUUUGUCGGGACGCCCCAUCUCGGUCGUCGGACGCUAACCGGCUGCUGCCUCCAGAUGCUACAACAGCUUACCGGCAUCAACUUCAUCAUGUACUACGGCACCACCUUCUUCACCAGCGCCGGCGUCUCGAACCCUUUCCUGAUCUCCCUCGUCAUGAAUAUCAUCAACGUAGCCUCGACGAUCCCCGGCUUGUUCGUCGUGGAAACGUGGGGUCGCCGGAAGCUACUCCUCGUGGGCGCGGUAGGCAUGGCAGUGUGCCAGCUGAUCAUCGCGAUAUUCUCCAGCGUCGCUAGCGACUCGCAGAGCGCCCUCGUGGCCAAGCUCCUCAUCGUCUUCGUCUCCGUCUUCGUCUUCUUCUACGCGGCUUCAUGGGGACCCGUCGCCUGGGUCGUCACCUCGGAAAUCUACCCCCUCAAGGUCCGAGCGAAGUCAAUGUCGGUCUCGACCGCGUCUAACUGGCUGCUGAACUUCGGCAUCGCCUACGGCACCCCGUUCAUGGUCGAAGACGGGUAUGGCUACGCCGCUAUGGGGGCUAAGGUCUUCUACGUCUGGGGCGCCUUUUGCGUCCUCGCCGCCGUCUUCGUAUACGGCAUGGUUUACGAGACGAGCAAGAUCAGCCUCGAGCAGAUCGACGAGAUGUACGAGCGUGUCCCCUUCGCGUGGAAGAGCAAGAAGUUUGAACCGAGUUGGAGCUUUCAACAAUUGCGGGACGACGGAUUUGCAGACAGCGGCAUCCCGCCGCCCGAGCACGAAUUGCAAGCGUCGCGCACCACUACCUCGACGACAACCGAGAGUGUGCAAACUAUCCAUACGGAAUCUACACCCAGUGAGAGUCAGAGCCAAGACGAUAAGAUAUUGCAGCAAAUGGGCCACGUCGACUUGAGUUAUUGAUCCCUGGUCCGAUCUUUAAAAAAGUAAAAAAAAAUAAAAAAAGGCACGUUUCACGACACAAGCAUCUCCCCGUCAUGGCCAUCACAAGCCGCCCUUUCGGAGGUGGGGGAAAAACUACUAGGGUUAUCUGUUCUUUGGAGUCAUACCGGAAAUAUCAGCGUAGGUGUUCAUCGCGAUGGAGUUAACGGCAUUGGGAAAUGGACUAUUGGGGAAUCAUCCACCAUAGGAUUUUGUUUUGGGGACGGCGGCUUUGGUUUUGGCGGCACAACGGGCAUCAUCUC